AAGUGUGUAGAAAACAACACAGUCUCGUGCAGCCCUUGGACUGGCCACUGUGACUGCUUGCCCGGCUGGACAUCCGAUACUUGCUCUCAAGACAUCGAUGAAUGCAGCACGCAAUCCAUGCCGUGCCGAGAGUACUCCAGCUGCAGAAAUACAAUCGGAGAUUAUGAUUGUGAUUGCAACAAAACUCUCGGCUACCAAAAUGCUGACCACAAAACAUGCAAACUCAUCGGUGAGCCACAUAACAUUCCUGAUAUGGCAUAACGUGAUUAAAAAUUAUUGCCAAUGUGCAUGAAGUGUGUCAGACUUGAUAAACUCGAUCAGCUAUUGUACUUUAUGUGAGUGCCUUUUGUCGCGAAGCGAUUCUUCUGUAUGGCGAAGUCUUUCACGCCAUUCCGUUCAGCAGUUCAUCAUACAGCCACAGUCACCAAUGCAACAAACAGCAACCGGUUUGUUGUAAACGAAAGUUUAUUUAUCACUACUCGAUGAACAAGACUUGAUGUAUAAAUUCAGAAUUUGAUAAUAAAUUACUCUAACCAAAUAUUAAUCAAUAUACCAAUCCAAACACUUCUGCCAGUAUAUCCCCAUCAAUUCUCUCAGCACAACACUUAGCAGUAUUCAAAUUCACAACAGUGAAUUUAGCACAUCCGCCAUCACUCUUCUCUAACCACAACGAAAACUAACUCGUCACUUCCAAUUACACAAUUACGUCACAACACUCUCACACAAACGAUACGGCUGUACAUAAAAUCUCUAACUAACAUCUUUUCCCUAUCAACAUGACAACGACGCUCUACACAUAACAACAGUGAUUCUCAUACCCUCGACACCUUUGAAGAACUGUACAGUAUAAUACAAUAUGUUUUCAGAUGUUAUAGAUUAGUGGUGAGUUCUAGCUUUUUAAAAUUGUGUUUUCUUAUAUGUCUCGUCUUUUUUCUUCCUCGCAGAUUGUAUCUAUACACUGACAAACUCAUCUGGGACCCUAUCCAGUCCUGGCUAUCCU